AUGCCAUCUUCGCCCAAGAUCGCGAUCCCGGUGAAGACGACGACCGACGUCGACUGGGAGACUCCGCUGCGGUCGUACAUCCGGCAGACGUACGGCAGCGCGGACUCCUUCUCGAAAGAGUGCCAGAUCUUCUCCCGUCUGCGCCAGGACAUGAUGGGCGCCGGAAACGACCCGACCGGACGGGAUCUGAUCUACAAGUACUACGGCCAGCUCGAGCUGCUUGAUCUCCGUGUGCCGGUCGAGGAGGGGGGCUGUAAAGUCGGAUUUACCUGGACGGACGCCUUCACACACACCGAGACCACCCAGCACUCAAUCGCUUUCGAAAAAGCAUCAAUCUUAUUCAACCUCGCGGCCGUCAACUCCCACAUCGCGACCGACACCACCGACCUCAAGCUCGCGUACAAGACCUUCCAGGCCGCCGCCGGCAUCUUCACCUUCGUCGCCGACAGCUUCCUGCACGCGCCCAGCUCGGAUCUCAACCGCGACACCGUGCGCGCGCUCGCGGCGCUCAUGCUCGCGCAGGCGCAGGAGGUCUUUGUCGAGCGGCUGCUGUCGGAGAACGCGUCGAAACCUUCGAUGCUCACUAAACUCGCAAAGUCAACCAGUCUGAUGUAUAAAGCUGCCGUCGAGGGACUCAGCUCGGCCGUUGCUAAAGGAUGGGUUGAGCGUGAAUGGGUUUCUCUCGCAAAUAUCAAACAAUACCACUGGGACGCGAUUGCCCAUGCGCAGCAAGCCGACCUACAAUCCUCCAAAAGCAAGCAAGGCCUCGCGAUUGCCUAUCUGAAAUCCGCAAUCUCCAAAAACGACGCGGCGCUGUCAUCCUACCUCCCGUCGACCUUCUCUUCCUUCCGCGAGACGCUGACCUCGUACGAAACCGUGCUCAACACCGACCUCGCGACGAUGGAGAAAGAUAACGAUUACAUCUACCACGACAACAUCCCGCCCGUGAACACGGUACCCGAGAUCGGCGCGCUCGAGGCCGCGAAACCCACGCCGAUGAGCGACCUGUACAAAGACCAAGACAUCACGCAGCUCAUCGGCCGCGACAUUUUCGAAAAGCUGAUCCCGGUGUCGGUCGCCGAGCAGAGCAGCAUGUACUCUGAAGAAAAAGCAAAGCUGCUGCGAGCCGAAGGCGAGAAAGUCGACGUGGCGGAGGAAGAACUCGUGUCGGCGCUCGAAUACCUCGGUCUUCCGGCCGCGCUCAAGACCGUAAAGACGCUCACGCACUCGUUCGAUGACGGCCGCGUGGACGAGAACGUGGCGGAGUGGGCGCACAAGGUACAAGUCGGUGGCUCGGUCUCGUUCGCAGACAUCGACCAGAAAAAGCGGGAUAUCUACCAGAUUGUCGAGCGCUGCGAACGCGAGCUCGACGCCGAGGAACGUGAAGGCGAAAACAUGCGCGCGCGGCUCGGUCAUUUCUGGACACAGUCGCCGUCGGCGUCGCUGACCUCGACGCUCAAGUCUGACCUGCACAGUAUCAAGGAGUCGCUCUGGACCGCGAGCUCGUCGGACAAGAAGCUGCAGGCGCAGUAUGCGCCUGUCGAGGCCGAUAUCCGCGUGCUCACGCAAGGGCCCAGCAGUGCUGAGCUAGCGGCGUUUUUCAGACCGAGCAGUAUAGGCGGUGUGACGCAGAACUUUAUGGACAUGGAUAUCUCAGGCCGGCCACCGCCUGUGUCGCGGACAAGCAGCAGCGGUGGUGGUGGUAGUGAUAAAGUCGACACGGAAGCGGUCGAGAACGCGCUUCGGAAGUUGACGAAAUUGAAAAAGGAGCGGGGGCUCGUGUUUACAGAGUUGAAGGAUAAGAUCCAGGAAGACGACAUUUCGUCGCUGUUGAUCCUCAACAAGAAAGUACCAAACAUCGAAGAGAAGCUGUUCAAGUCCGAGCUCGAGAAAUUCGCGCCGUACCAGAAACGGAUUGCGGCGACGAUCUACCAGCAAGCUGUGACGCUGAAAGACCUGAGCGCGGCAUGGAAGCUGAUUCUCGAGAACCCGUCGAUUCGACAGCGGCGGGCGCAGAAGGAAGAUUCAGAUCUGCGCAACAAGACGACGAUCGAGCGGUUCAGACGCGCGUUCGAGAGCUGGAACGACGUGUAUCUGGGUAAGCAGAAGGGCGAACAGUUUUACGCGAGCCUGUAUGACUUUGCAAAGUCGACGGAGAGGAAUGUUUUGGACUUUGUGGAGAAUCGGAGGGAUGAGAGUCGGAGGAUACUUGCGAAUUUGGAGCGGCAGCAGGCUCUUCGUUAG